CUUAAUGAAGGCUCAAACUCCAGAUCAAAAUAAGUGUAGAUUUUUAUUAUGUAAGAUACAUAGAUGUUCCCUAUCCAUUCAUGCAUCCAUCCAUCCAUCCAUUCACCCAUAUCCAGAACACCCAAAAUGGCCCACGGGACACGGAAGUCACUCUUCUUCCCACGCGCUCCCCACAGCGCCUAGUAUACUCGCCUCAUGCCCAUAAACAUACAUGGUAUUCACGUGGGUCUCCCCCACUAAACGACGACGCUUCCCCUCACCAGCAGCCAUUAACUCCUCCUCCCUCCCCCAUCUUCCAUCCACAGUUCCAAAAAUCUCACUCCUCUCUCUCUCUCUCUCUCUCUCUCUCUCUCUCUUAACACACAGAGCAACACUAAACAAUCAAACGACUUGUCAUAAACCCACCAUGACCACCGCCACCACAAUCAACGACUUGCCGGACGCCAUACUCUCGACCAUAAUCGGGAUAGUAUCCGACACCCGAACACGGAACUCCCUCUCCCUCGCGUGCCGCAAAUUCCGGAGCACGGAGAGGGCCACGCGCACCUCCCUCACACUCCGGGGAAACGCGCGCGACCUCCCCUACCUCCCGCUCUGCUUCGCCGCCGUCACGCACCUCGACCUCUCCCUCCCCUCUCCGUGGGGCCACUCUCUGCUCUUCCCCUCCGCCGCCGCAAACGACACCGACCCCCUCCUCCUGGCCCAACGCCUACGUGCCGCCUUCCCAUUCGUGGACUCCCUCAUCGUCUACUCCCGAUCUCCCUCCACCGUCCAGAUCGUCUCCCAUCUGUGGCCCGGAUUGCGCCGCGUCAAGCUUGUCCGAUGGCAUCAACGGCCACAAUCGCCCCCUGGCGCCGACUUCGAUCCUCUCUUCGACCAAUGCCACUCGCUCUCCGAGCUCGACCUGUCGGAAUUCUACUACUGGACGGAGGACCUCCCCCCGGUCCUCGAGGCCCACCCCAACGUGGCCCGAUCUCUCACCAAGCUGGAUCUCCUGACUACGUCGUUUACAGAGGGGUUCAGAGCGAACGAGAUCAAAUCCAUCGUUACCGCCUGCCCGAAGCUCCAGCAUCUCCUCAUCGCGUGUAUGUUCGAUCCCCGAUACAUAGGCUUCGUCGGCGAGGAGGCUCUGCUGUCGAUCUCCGCUAACUGCCCGGAGCUCAAAGUCAUCCAUUUGAUCGAUACGUCAUCGUUGGCCAACGCCCGCGGCGAUCCAAACGACGACGGAUUUACGUCGGAGGACGCGCGGAUUGGGCGCGCGGCUUUGGUUGAUUUCUUCUCGGGGCUUCCGCUGUUGGAGGAGCUGGCGUUGGAUGUGUGCAAGAACGUGAGAGACAGUGGGUUGGCGUUGGAAGUGCUUGGGUCGAAGUGUCCCAGGCUGAGGGCGCUCAAGCUUGGGCAGUUUCAUGGGAUUUGCUCUGCGAUUGGGUCCGAGCUAGACGGCAUUGCGUUGUGUUCAGGGCUGGAGUCGUUGUCGAUCAAGAACUCGGCUGAUUUGACGGAUAUGGGGUUGAUUGAGAUCGCUAGAGGGUGCUGCAAAUUGGCCAAGUUUGAGGUUCAGGGAUGUAAGGGAAUCACGGUGAAGGGGCUGAGGACGAUGGCUUGCUUGUUAAGGAAGACUCUGGUUGAUGUUGGGAUCUCUUGUUGCAAAAACUUGGAUGCUGCUGCUUCUUUGCGGGCUUUGGAGCCAAUUCGUGAUCGGAUUCAAAGGCUCCACAUUGAUUGCGUUUGGGAGCAGGAGGAUGAGCAUGCCCGCAAUUUUGAUCUCAAUCAAGUGAAUGAUGAUGAGGCUGAGGAUGUUAAUAGUGAAGCCAGUGUGUUGAAUCGGAAUGGGGAGGACGGUGAUUACAUGGACUUGAAUUGGGCGGCUGAGUAUGAGCACAGAAGCAGCAAGAAAUGCAAGUUGGGGUUGGAUGGGGACUGUUCCUAUAUGCCACCAAGCAAUGGAUAUGGCUAUGGCAAUGGAAAUGGGUUUUGGUGUGGUGAGAGCUGGGAGAGGUUGCAUUAUCUUUCGCUUUGGAUUGGAGUUGGUGAGCUGCUGACUCCAUUGCCAACGGCUGGUCUCGAUGAUUGUCCCAAUCUGGAGGAGAUUCGGAUCCGGGUAGAAGGGGAUUGCAGGGGAAGGCAGAGACCCACACAACGAGAUUUUGGGUUGAGCUGCCUCGCCGGCUAUCCUCUGCUGUCCAAGAUGAAGUUGGAUUGUGGUGAUACAGUUGGCUAUGCACUUACUGCACCUCCGGGGCAGAUGGACCUGAGUCUUUGGGAGAGGUUCUUCCUGAGUGGGAUUGAAAGCUUGAGCCUCAGUGAACUCGAUUACUGGCCCCCGCAGGAUCGGGAUGUAAACCAGAGGAGUCUUUGGCUUCCGGCCGCUGGGUUGCUGUCAGAAUGCCUGACAUUGCGGAAGCUUUUCAUCCAUGGCACGGCACAUGAGCAUUUCAUGAUGUUCCUGGUGAGAAUUCCAAACUUGAACCGCAACUUGAGGGAUGUGCAGCUUAGGGAGGAUUACUAUCCGGCACCAGAAAACGAAAUGAGUACAGAGAUGAGGGUGGAUUCGUGCCGUCGCUUUGAAGAAGCACUCAACAGGCGGCCUAUCCUUGACUGAAGAUGAAACUAAUGUGAUUAUAAAAAAUAAAAAAAGUUGCAAGAGGAAUGUAAGAGUUCUGAACAUCUUGUUCAUCCCUGUUUUAUCAUUUUGAAAUUUCCAUCAAAUAAUACUUUCCUUUGUCAUCGUU